AUGGCUCUUUUAUCGGCAAUGAAAGGAAAACUGAUCUCCGUCAUUGGGGAUGAGGACACCUGUGUUGGGUUUUUGCUCGGUGGAGUUGGUGAGAUCAACAAGAAUCGCCAUCCAAACUUUAUGGUUGUUGACAAAAAUACGGCAGUUAGUGAAAUCGAAGAUUGCUUCAAGCGUUUCAUCAAGCGUGACGAUAUUGAUAUCAUUCUGAUCAACCAGAACUACGCCGAGUUGAUUCGUCACGUGAUCGAUUCGCACACUGCCCCCACACCAGCAGUACUGGAGAUUCCUUCCAAAGAUCAUCCGUACGAUGCGAGCAAGGAUUCGAUUUUGCGUCGUGCUAAGGGUAUGUUCAAUCCGGAUGAUAUGAUUGCUAAUCGCGGCUAA